CGAUGAAGAACGCCUCGCGCUCCCGGAAGCGGCGCUACGCACUGACGGGCCAGAAGUGGCAGCGCACACACAUCACCUACAGCAUCAAGAACGUGACGCCCAAGGUGGGCGCCAGGGAGACCCACGACGCCAUCCGCCGGGCCUUCGACGUGUGGCAGGGCGUGACGCCGCUGCGCUUCGAGGCCGUGCCCUACAGCGCCCUGGAGAGCGGCCGGCGCGACGUGGACAUCACCAUCAUCUUUGCCUCGGGUUUCCACGGCGACAGCUCGCCCUUCGACGGCGAAGGCGGCUUCCUGGCCCACGCCUACUUCCCCGGCCCCGGGAUCGGAGGAGACACGCACUUCGACUCGGAUGAACCCUGGACCCUCGGCAACCCCAACCAUGAUGGUAACGACCUGUUCCUGGUGGCGGUCCAUGAGUUGGGCCAUGCUCUGGGCCUGGAACACUCCAACGACCCCACAGCCAUCAUGGCUCCGUUCUACCAGUACAUGGACACAGAGAACUUCAAGCUACCUCACGACGACCUGCAGGGAAUACAGAAGAUUUACGGUCCGCCCGACCGCUCCCCUCAGCCCACCAGACCCCCGCCGACCGCCUCCCCGCCCCGCCUGCACCACCCGCCCUCCGACCCCCGGAAGCACGAGCGGCAGGUGCGGCCCCACCGCCCCCCCCAGGGGAACAAGCCCACCAACCCCAACGCCAAGCCCAACAUCUGCGACGGGGGCUUCAACACCCUGGCCAUCCUCCGCCAGGAGCUGUUUGUGUUCAAGGACCAGUGGUUCUGGCGUGUACGGGACAACUCGGUGGUCCCGGGCUACCCGAUGCAGAUCAAUUACUUCUGGCGAGGCCUGCCUUCCAAGAUAGACGCCGUCUACGAGAACAGUGAGGGGAAGUUUGUCUUCUUCAAAGGCAACCGUUUCUGGGUGUUCAAGGACACCACCCUGCAACCCACCUACCCUCAGGACAUCUCUCUGUUCGGCAGCGGCAUGCCCACGCAGAGCAUCGAGACGGCCGUGUGGUGGGAGGACGUGGCCAAGACCUACUUCUUCAAAGGGGACAGAUACUGGAGGUACAAUGAAGACAUGCGCACCAUGGACCCCGGCUACCCCAAACCCAUCGGCGUGUGGAAGGGCAUCCCGGACUCGCCCCAGGGCGCCUUCGUGGACAAGGCCAAUGGUAUGAGCUUCACCUACUUCUACAAGGGCAAGGAGUACUGGAAGUUCAACAACCAGAUGCUGCGCGUGGAGCCCAGCUACCCGCGCUCCAUCCUGCGGGACUUCAUGGGCUGCGACGGCCUGCCCGCCGACCACGACUGGGACUGGAGCCCCCCGAUGGUGGAGGAGCGCCACUACGACGGCGGCGGCGGGGGCGGCGGCGCGGGUGGAGGCGGUGGCGGCGGCGGGGGCGGGGGUGACGUUGACAUCGUCCCCAAGCUGGACCCGGCGUCGGGCGGCACGGAGAAGGCCGUGGCCAUCGCCAUCCCGUGCGUGCUGGCGCUGUGCAUGAUGGUGCUGCUCUACACCGUCUUCCAGUUCAGGAGGAAGAGCACGCAGCGCCACAUACUGUACUGCAAGCGCUCCAUGCAAGAGUGGGUGUGAGGACAACGCUACACUACGAACUGAGCCGGACUCAAAUCAAUGAACUUGUAUAGGAGGGAUGGGGGGGGGAGGGGGGGGCUCUGUCGGUGGUGUCCGUGUGAUUAAAACAUUGAAAAAAAAACUUCCUUGAGUACUGCACAUUGGAAGACGCAGGAAGGCGUGCUGGACAUUGAGGCUGCCUCCUUGACCCAGUCGUCAGACUCUUGCAUUAAAACUCUCGGAACUCUUCGUCUGCUCGGCUGAGGCGGAGAGAGUGGUGAGGUGAGGUCAACAUCGUCUUCAAGAGGAGGAGAGGGACGGAGAGAGAUCUGGAGAGGAUUUGAGGGAGAGGACGAGACACUCUUCGGUCCGACCUGUGUGUACAUUAUGUAUCUGCUUAAUCUCUCUUUUCUUUUUUUUCUGUAUCUUGAAAAUGAACUCAAUUAAGCCAGACAGCCGAGAGGGAAGUAUUCCUGUCUCUGCACGCCUCUAGAGCUGCUGUCAAGCGGAUGAAUUAGAUAUAGGCUACUACUUUCCUUUUUCCUCUUUCUUUUAAUUAACUCGCCCUCUAGCUGUGCUUCUCAAAUUGGGAACCCUGUAAAAAAGAUUGCUGACAUCGUGAAGAAGUAAUGCGCACCAAAUAUUAUCUUUACUUCCAAAGACAAUGGCUUCUGUUUUUGUUGCUGUUUUCUGGGGAUCGGCCAUGUUUCCAUGGCAGUCACAUGAUGGUUUUCAGCCAUCUCAAACUCCUCUCUGAAUGCACCCAUUACGUCUGUUCCAUCUCCUGAAUCCCCCCCAACGCAACGCAAGCUGCGAUUUAUUAAGAGCCAGCCACCAAGGGCUGUUGCUUCAGUCUUCAUAAGCAGGAGCCAGAAAUAUUUUCGGAGACUGCCUUCACACAUUUAUCACAAUUAGCGGGCUCCUCUCUAACUCUGGCGCUCUAUUCUUCUCUUUCCCUCCCUUUUCAUUUCUUUCCCCUCUUUCCAAGUAUAGCCGUCUUCUGCAGGACCGGGCAAAGAAGUGUGUCACCCCAAUUCUAAUUUGAAAAGUCAUUCAUCUAUUACUGAUGGGUUUUUUUGUAGCCUUGACUGAGCGUGCCAGAUAUGAAAAAUAUGCAUCUGUGUGUCUGUGUCCGGGAUGAAAGUGUGAGUAAGGGUGUAAUAAUGUGUAAAUAUUUCAAUUUCAACUGUAUGAUGAACGAAAUUGAUGGGCCAUCGUGCGUGUUUAAAUCUAAGAGGCAUGCGUCAAUCUGAGAGUAUGUAUGGUUCCUGGGCAAACCGUCUUUAAAUGGCCUGUGGCCGCCUACCAUCCAUAUUAUAAUGCAACUGUAAGGCAUUGUUGCUGUUCCAUGUUUACUUGAAAUAGACUCAAAAUAAAACCAUUCAUGUACAUGA